AUUAUUUGUUAUUAUUAUUAAUCAGUUUCAUGAAUUGAAUAAAAGGGUUAGAAAUCGACUCUAAGUCUACUGUAUAAACUUGAAGGAGAAGCCAUUCACGGUUAAUUAACUAAACUUAAAUGACAAAUGUCUUCAAACGUCGAACAAGAUAUCGACAUAAUGUAUGGUUUAAAAACGGUUUUGAGUCGAAUAGAAACUGCGGUAUCUAAGAGAAGUAAGGAUUUACCGCAAAUAGUACCGACAUUAGUUGCUGUUUCUAAGAUAAAGCCAGCAUCGUUAAUAAUACAAGCAUAUGAAGCUGGACAGCGGCACUUUGGUGAAAACUAUGUGAAUGAACUGUCAGAAAAGGCAAAUGAUCCCCAAAUACUGGAGCUUUGUAAAGAUAUUAAAUGGCACUUUAUUGGUCAUUUACAAACAAAUAAAAUAAACAAACUACUUCAGUCACCUAAGCUUUACAUUGUUGAAACAGUUGACUCUGCAAAACUUGCAGAUAACUUAAAUAAGCAGUGGGAAAAAUUCCGCCAAGGAGAUGAUAGGCUACGAGUUAUGGUGCAAGUUAAUACAAGUGCUGAAGAAGCUAAAAAUGGCAUAGAACCUUCAAAAGCUAGCACAUUAGUGAAGCAUGUGUUAGAAAAUUGUCCCAACCUUAAUCUUAAGGGUCUUAUGACUAUUGGCCAAUAUGAUUAUGAUGUGACUCUUGGGCCAAAUCCAGAUUUCUUGUUACUUGCCAAAUGUAGAGAAGAUGUUUGCCAAAAUCUCGAUCUGGACAUCAAUGAUGUUGAAUUAUCUAUGGGAAUGUCAGCAGAUUAUGAACAUGCCAUUGAACUGGGAGCAACAACUGUUCGCGUUGGUUCUACAAUAUUUGGUGCUAGGCCUCUAAAAAAAUAAUAAGACAAAACUAGCAUUAGUAAAAUUGUGAUAUCUGUUGUUCUUUGUUAAAUAAUAUUAUUGAAAUAAAUUUUAUCACUGA